AUGGCCCCCGCAAAUCUGCCCUCGGUCUUCAACGCGACCAGCCAGGACAUUGAGAUGCUCCUGGCUGCGCAGUCGCACAUCGGCUCCAAGAACCUCCAGGUUCACAUGGCCCCUUACCUGUGGAAGACCCGUCAGGAUGGUGUCAACGUCAUCAACGUUGGCAAGACCUGGGAGAAGAUCGUCCUCGCCGCCCGUAUCAUCACUGCCAUUGACAACCCGGCCGACGUCUGUGUCAUCUCUGCCCGUCCCUACGGCCAGCGUGCCGUCCUCAAGUUCGCUGCCCACACUGGCGCCCAGGCCAUUGCUGGUCGCUUCACCCCCGGUAGCUUCACCAACUACAUCACCCGCUCGUUCAAGGAGCCGCGCCUGAUUGUCGUCACCGACCCCCGUACCGACGCCCAGGCCAUCAAGGAGGCCAGCUACGUCAACAUCCCCGUCAUCGCCCUCUGCGAUACCGACUCUCCCACCGAGUACGUCGACGUUGCCAUCCCUACCAACAACAAGGGUCGCCACGCCAUCGGCUGCAUCUGGUGGAUGCUGGCCCGUGAGGUCCUCCGUCUCCGCGGUACCAUCUACAACCGCGAGACUCCCUGGGACGUCAUGGUCGAUCUGUACUUCUACCGCGACCCUGAGGCCGAGGCUGAGGACAAGGUCGAGGAGGAGAAGCUUGCCGGCGUUGAGGAGGUCGGCCCGGCUGCCAUCGAGUCUGGCUUCGCUACCGGUGGUGGCGACUGGGAGGCUACUGCCCCUGCCGCCGCUUCUGGCUGGGACGACGCUGCUGCCCAGCCCCAGAACUGGGACUCUGCUGCUCAGGGUGCUGCCUCAUGGGACGAGGCUGCCGCCCCCAAGGAGGGCCAGUGGUAG